AUGGGCCCAGCUGGUCCGCAGACGCCGCCGCCGUCCUCCCAGCGUGAAGAGGACCCGCGGCGGGUCCCCGUGCUGGCGGUGGCCACUCUCGCUGGACCUCAGAGGGCCUCCGCCUUUCGCGGCUACAACGGGGCAGUGACAGCCCGGCACCACUUUGACACAGGGGCCGAGUGGACCGCCCGGGGAGCCCCCAACCAGACGCAGGCGGGCGCUGCCCACACCCUGGCGCACCUGCUGCGGGACUCGGCGGAGGCGAGGAACGGCAGCGGCACCCCCAGGGCCCUGCGGCUCCCCGACGGCACGAGCGCCGCCUGGUACAUCCUCACCAUCAUCGGCAUCUACGCGGUGGUCUUCCUCUUCCGCCUGGCCAGCAACAUCCUCCGGAGGAACGACAAGUCCCUGGAAGACAUUUAUUACCUGAACUUGACCUCCGAACUCAAAAAGAAAGGGGUCCCGAGCAGGGCAGCCAAGUGCUCCACGCUGACCAUCAGCAACACGGCCGCUCUGCAGCCCCGCCAGGCCAGCCUGGGGCCCGGGCGCGGGGACAGCGGGCCCCACACCGAAAUCUAG